GAGGCGACACCUCCGCUUAUUAGCGCUGACACCUGACUUCAUUCAAUGAGUUGUGGCGAACGUUAAGCUCGCGGUUUGAUUCGGUCCUCGUGAGGAAUUGGAACUCGGUCAACGUCCAGCUGCGGUUCGGAGGCGCGCGCGUACACAGCUGCAGCAGAACGGCAACGAGCUGGCGCAAAUUGUGGGGUGCCCGUGGAUAAUGCGAGACAGCGGCGGUAGCCUGGCCCAGAACCGCUGGCAGGGGGAUCUGGGCUUGACUGCUGUGGGGCAGGAAGAGGCUGGAGGAGGUGGGAUCCCUGGGGACCACCUCAUAGACCCGGCAUCAGGCCACAAUGUGCCCAGCCCCAUGCACCUCAAACUGGGGCAGAAAGAGAAGGUCUGGACCGGCGAGUGUGUGGAGGAGGAAGAGGAAGAUGGGAUGGGAGGGAUUGAGGCCAUAGAUGAUGAGGAGGCCGAGAACGAUUUGGAUAGGGAGGGUGGGUUUGAAGGGGAGGCUUGGGACGAUGAAGAGGAGGAAGAGGAGGGCGAAGAGGCGGAGGUAGAGUGGGAGGUUCCGGACAUUCCCUUCCAGUUAAUCCAACACCCUCACUCACAGCAACAGCAACACCACAGACCACAGCAAAAGGAAGAAGGUGUUGGUGUUGACAGUCAUGACUCCCAAGUUAAAACUGGACAGUCCUCUGAAUCCAGAUUCCCUGUACGGUCCAGGUUUAGUGGGUUCCGAUUUCUGCGAAGGCUGAGGCGCUUGCAGAGGCUUCGAUCCCAUGCAAGCAUACGCUUCCGGCUGACACAGCAUUGGAAGACUUGGCGUCAGCGGGCCCAGUGGGUGGGGACUCAGGGGCACAGGCGAGCCAGGAGAGGGCAGAGGUACGGUUUGUAUUACAUGCAGAGGAGGAAGAAGAGGUGCAGAGGAUCCCCAUACACAGAUGAGGAAGACGACGACGACGAGAGGUUGACAGAGUCCGAGAGAGAUGACCAUUUUAAUGGUUGCUCUGCAGACAGUCAGGAGGAAACUCUCGGGGAAAGAGUGAGGAGGGAAGGAGAGAACCCUUACUCUGCUGGCAGGGACAAACCAGUAGAGCUGGUCCUCACUGCAGAACACAUGAGCUGUGUGACUGGCAUUCUGGAGGAGUCUUUACAGCAGUACGGCAGCUUGAUACCCAUUCAUGUAGAUGACAUUGUUCAGACGCUUCAAGACAUCUUCAGUGAGAACUUCUCACAGCCACACAGGAAAGCGGUGGUGCAACAUGUAAUUCAGUCCUUUCAGCGGUCAUCGGGCACUGCACUGGUGCGAACAUUCCGUGUCAACUACAAACGCCACGUCCUGACCAUGGAUGACCUCAGCACGUUGUAUGGACAGAACUGGCUCAAUGACCAGGUCAUGAAUAUGUAUGGUGACCUUGUCAUGGAUUCCGUGCCAGACAAGGUCCACUUUUUCAACAGCUUCUUUUAUGACAAGCUGAGGACAAAAGGCUAUGAAGGAGUCAAACGGUGGACAAAAAAUGUGGACAUCUUCCAGAAGGAUUUGUUGUUGAUUCCUAUCCACCUGGAAGUUCACUGGUCCCUUGUCAGUGUUGAUAUCCCUCGUCGAGCUAUCACCUACUUUGACUCCCAACGCACACUGAACCGCCGAUGCCCAAAGCACAUUUUCAAAUACCUGCAAGCAGAGGCGAUCAAGAAAGACCAGCGAGACUUUUUGACCGGAUGGAAAGGUUUUUUCAAAAUGAAUGUGGGUCGUCAAAACAACGACAGUGACUGCGGGGCCUUUGUACUACAGUACUGUAAAUGUCUGGCGCUGGGGCAGCUGUUCAACUUUGGCCAGCAGGACAUGCCAAGGCUAAGGAGACAAAUGUACAAAGAACUGUGUCACUGCAAGCUUUCCCCAUGACCUCUCACCUGGCAGCCAUUACAUGGAAAGGCAAGGAGCAGGAUGGAGUUGUCUGUCGAAGAGGAUGGGGGGUUGGGUGUCAGCAAAGUGACCCAGUGAUGAUUGCAGUUGAUGAUUGGGGGUGACCAAUCCCUAGUCAGCACUCAAAGCAACUUCAUCCCGAGGGGGCUUCUGUGGCAUUGUCCCCCAAAGGAUGGAGAGAUACAGUUGAAUGAGUGAAGGACAAGCAAUUGAUUGACUGGAAAAAGGUGAACUUUUCAAAAGAACUUUGUUUUUACUCUGACAACAACAUCUAGAGACAUUACAACUUCUACUCCUUCCUGGCAGGCAAUUUUAACAUUUGGCAUUGUUUCUUUGUGUCUCUCUUUCUCUUUCACUGUGAUCUCACAACUUCGCCUGUGACAUGUCCAGUUUUAUUUGCAUGGUUAUGGUUAGUUCUUCGUGAUCGACAAAGGCUGGAACAAAAUUCUGUUCUGGGAGUUUUCUAAUCUUCCAUAUGUUGUAGUCAACUUGCCUUCAUAAAUCUAAAUGGUGAAGUGUGAGAGAAAGAUGGUAACAAGCAAAAUAUCUGUUGUUUACUUCAGAUUUAGGACAAAAAGUUUUUAGUUUUCCUGCCGUAUUGCUAACUUCACUCAACGUACAUAAAUGUGGAAUGAAUGAGAGCAAAUAGAUGGAAACGACAGUGCAGGAUAAUGGGCAAGGUAGGAGUGAUUUUUGCUGGGCGAGGUAUUUCACACUGCUAUCGGCCUGUCCCCCACCUUAAUGCUCCUGCUCUUACUGCUCCUGGCCUUGCUGAGUCCACACAAACUUACCAGCUUCCUUUGUGAGUUCAUUUCUCCAAUUUUAUCAGUCUGUCGACGGUUUGUUGCCCUAAUACAAGUCAGAGAUGUUUGUUUUCUCUUUGUCAGUAAAUGUGUUGCUAUGCUUCUCAUAAAAAAAAGUGUUCAGAGAAAACGACGAGGACAACAACUUUGUUUCAUAUUUUUGGAGCAUAAGAAUACUCCAGUUACUAUUUCUUAGAAAGUUCGAGCCACUUUUGUUAUGGACCAUGACAGUUAAAAGAAAUCACAGUAUGUUCAAUGGUGUUACCAUGCUCUACUCUUCUUUUGUAACUUAAGAUGGCUUUGAUAGCUGUGUUUUUUUAAUUUUCGUUUUUUGUUUUUUCAAGCUGGAGUUGAUGGAACAUAAUUGACUUGUUUUAUAUAUCUUCUACAAUGCAUUAUUAUGGUUGCUAAAAAUAAACAUACG